AUGGGAUGCUACUGUUCUAAGAAUGCUACCUCACCAGGUUAUGAGGAACCUGCUGUUCUUGCUGCUGGGACACCUUUUACAGUGAGUGAAGUAGAGGCCUUAUAUGAGCUCUAUAACAAGUUAAGCAAUUCAGUUAUUAAAGAUGGUCUUAUUCACAAGGAAGAAUUUCAGCUGGCACUCUUCAGGAACAAAAACAUGAGUAAUCUGUUCGCAGACAGGAUUUUUGAUUUAUUUGAUGUCAAGCGCAAUGGGGUCAUUGAGUUUGGAGAAUUUGUUCGAUCAUUGGGUACUUUUCACCCAAAUGCACCUGUAGAAGACAAGAUUGAUUUUACUUUUAGGUUGUAUGAUCUGAGGCAAACUGGAUAUAUUGAACGAGAGGAGUUGAAGGAGAUGGUACUUGCACUUUUGCACGAGUCAGAGCUUGUACUUUCAGAUGAUGUUGUUGAAACCAUUGUGGAUAAGAGUUUUGGUGAUGCUGAUAAAAAAGGUGAUGGUAGGAUCGAUCAAGAUGAGUGGAAAGCAUUUGUGAUUGAACAUCCAUCUUUGAUAAGGAACAUGACUCUACCAUAUCUAAAGGAUACAACCUUGGCAUUUCCCAGUUUUGUUGCAAGAACAGAAACUGAGGUAUGA